AUGGUCGCUCUACGAAAACUAUCAACAAAUGUCCAGCUGUCUUUGAGAACUCUACCCAUCGUUCAAACGAGAAUGGUCGCCUCUGAUCAAGGCAAAACUCGAUAUAUCGGUCAACCCAAGCUACCAGCGCCUGAUCCAUCACUUACACUAAAGAAAUAUUUCGACUAUGGACUUGCCAUUUCAAAACAAACAAGAACUGGUGAACAUCGAGAAAAAGCAGCUGAACAAGAUGUGCAACAGAUCAUCAACAACUUUCGUGACAAUGAGAUGCCAAAAUUGCAAAAGCUGCUAGAAAAUCGAGCCGAGAAAUUGAAUAAUUGGUUAACCCCUUGGUGGUUAGAUGUGGCAUAUUUGGCUGCAAGAACUCCACUACCAGUUGUCACUUCUCCCGGGGUUCUUUUCCCGCAAUGGCCAUCGCCAAGCAAAGAUCCUCUAGAAGCUCAGAUCCACCAUGCCACAACGAUCACAAUGGGCGCUCUCCAGUUCUACCAUGACGUCACCAAAGAAUUACUUCCACAAGAUACUGCUGGAAAAGAAUAUAUGGAUAUGUCUCAGUACAAAUUUCUUUUUGGUACCUCAAGGCUACCGAGAAUUGGAAACGAUUUGAUUCGUUAUGGUACUGAAAACAAAAACCCAAAUAAACACAUUGUGCUGAUGAGAAAUGGACAUGCUGUCGUUGUCCCAGUGAUCACUCAACACACUUCAUUACGGGAUUUCCAAGCAAUUCAAAAAGCAAUCAGAGAGGCUGUUUCUGUAACUGAUACAAGAAAUAUCAAUCAAUUGGGCAUUGUUAGCGGUGGUGAGCGAGAUCAAUGGGCAAAAGUUUACAAGAAUCUAGAGAGCAAUAUCACCAAUGCCCGAUCGCUUCGACUCAUCGAAGAAGCUCUCUUCAUUGUUUGCAUCGAUCAACCAACAAAACCCCUUGCUGGAUAUACAGAAAAAGAUGAACAAGCUAGAUCGACUCUCCAUGGCUCUGGCUCUAAAGCCAACUCUGGGAAUCGAUGGUUUGACAAAACUAUUCAGUUUAUUAUUGGCCAAAAUGGCUUUUGUGGAAUGACUUAUGAGCACACGCCGGCCGAGGGACCACCUGUAGCCCGGCUGAUGGAUUUCAUUUGUGAUAAAGUAAAUGAUGCAUCUUGGCAAUCUCAUGGCGAUUCCGAAUCAAUCAAAGUCGAGAAACUCGAAUUUGAGUUGGACGACUCGGUCAAAGACUCGAUUGCAAGGAAUGCUAAAGAAAUGGAUAGUGUUGUCGAUGAUCUCGAAGUGAGCACGUAUACUUUCAAAGAUUUUGGCAAGAAUUUCCCAAAGAAAGCCAAGAUCUCACCGGAUAGUUUCAUUCAAAUGGCUUUUCAAUUAGCUUAUUAUAGAUUACACCACAAAGUGCCACCCACCUAUGAGACGGCCACGUUGAGACUCUUCUCCGAGGGACGUACUGAAAACAUUCGCUUGCCAAAUCGAAAAUCAAGAGAUAUGUGUGAAAUGUUAUCAAAUAAGAAAGCAGCACACAAUGAUAUGUACAAAGCUCUCCGAGAAGCCACCGAAUCACAUCAAAGCCUCGCCAAGGAGUGUAUGAGCAAUAAAGGAAUGGAUCGCCACUUGUUAGCGUGGAAGCUUUUGGCUGCUGAGAAUGAACUUCCCUUGCCAAGCAUUUUCAAGAAUGAUAUCUACAAAGAGAUGAUGCAUUUCAGAGUAUCCACUAGCCAGGUUCCCACCAAAAAUUUCAUCCAAAUGUGCUUUGGACCAGCUGAGGCGGACUGCUAUGGGAUUUGCUACAAUCCACAAGAGCGAGAACUCCACUUUGCCAUCUCUGCCUUUAACAGGGAUAAAUCUACAUCAGCAAAAAGAUUCGCUGAAGCUCUUGGUCAAGCACUUCGUGAUUUCAAAUCCCUUUGCGAGCCCUAUCUAGCAAAUCCAGAAAAGAAAGAAAAGUCUAGAUUG